AUGUACAAGGCAAAGGAGGAAAUAAAACUUUUUAAAGUCGACAAAGACGAAGAAAUAUCAAACUUUUUUAUCCCUGGUAGAUGCAUCGGACGCGGUAGUUUUGGAAUUGUUCAUGAAGCCGUUCAAAGGGGAAGCAGUUCAAAGUGCUGCAUUAAAAAGGUAGUCGAUGUUUAUCCGGCAUUUGCUGUUUUUCGAAGUUACAGACGUGUCUCAAAUGCGACAGUACGACUGUGCUGAAAUUUAAGAAUAGCUUUAUCUACGUCUGAAAUCGUUUAGCAGUAAAUUUGCAACUUUAUGGAAAGGUUGGUGCAGACAUCUUAAUGAAAGCAGAGAGCUGCUAUAAUAGAAGGAUACACCAACAAUAGGUUUUUUUGUCCAUUUAAAAAGCAUAAAUAUAUGCGUGCAAUUCUGUUAGCGCUCUAAAACAAACAUUUUGUUUCUAAAACGCUUUUUACGGUCGACGCGUCGACGGUAUAUCGCUUUUUAUAAAAAGCGGCAGGUUUCUACACCUUCAUGCGGUUCACAAAGGAUAAACUAGGUUAACACCCGGUCAGUGCGGUAUUAUAACAAUAAAGUCGUAGAAAAAGUUGGCGCAUAUGAUUCCCCAUAUGCGCGUGCUAUUGAGAAUGAUUCAUGAUUUUCAUAUAAUCUGCAGGUUUUGCAGUGGCCGAAAUCAAAUGGUAAUCAAGUCAGGCGCAACUUUAACUUUGGCUUUUACUUGACUCUGGCUUAGAACUUCUCUGCAAUUCUGUACAAAGCAUAAGUGUCUUUUGGAUUCCCCGGUUUUCCCUGUAUGUGCUUCCUACUAAUAAACGCAAAUGGCUAAUUGACGAACACAUGAACCAUGCGUGUUGAUAAUGAGACCUGUUAUAAGCCGUAAAGGACUGUCAUGAGAGAAUGUGUUCAAAUUCGUUGACUGCCUCACUUUGAUCUACAAAUAAAAUUCGGUAUAUCUGCCAAGCAUACACUUCCCGCCAACGGUUUUUGCUACAAAGACGUUCUGAAUUCGUUAACCAAACUCAAUGAAACCCACGCAGACUAGGGAUUGAAGAACUUUUCCUGCAUUAAUUAUCAGGAUGAAUAUCCAUCCCCUUUGCUUUGCAAUAAUGAUGCUUUCCUGUGACGAAAGACUAAAAAUCUUCACAGCACAUGCAGUUUACUGGUAGUUGUUGCCUGUUCUAUGUUUCGUCGCACGAUAUUCCAACUUAGCAUAACUCGUAUCACGACGACUAGAGCCGACACGUUUAAUUGAAAAAUAGCUGGUCUGCUAAGUGCAUUCAAGUCUUUUGACCUUUUUAAUACAACGCGGUAUUGCUAGAGCCGUAAGUAAAUCAGAGUUGCGAUAAAAGUAGAUCUUAAGAGAAGGAUGCCCAAGGCUCGAGGCUGAUUAUGGGACCAAACAUGGGUUUUCACUGCUAAUUUAACCUUGAGUCCCCACAAUAUGUCGAGUAUUGACAAGCACUCAGUGAUUAGAACCUAUUUUGACGAAUACAGAGGCGACUCAAACAGUUAUUUCUGCUGUCCAAAAGCAAUCAGAACCACACUUCGGGUCGGAAAGAACGGAUUUAUCUCUCGAACUCAAUUGAGUGUUGCCUUAAUUGUUCUGAUAUCUGUGUUUAUGUUUUGGAUGACAAAAAGUAUACAAACCCGAUUUCUCGCCCCUUUUUGACUUUCAUCAGUUUGAUCUUCUUAGUAAGUCAGCCGAAUUCGAUUGAUAUUUUGACUAGUGGACUUACGCAACUACAGUGUUUUGUCUUUAAAACCUCGUUUCACAGUCAAGGAUACCCUUUUAGAUCAUUGUUUUCGUUUUACUAGUAAACGCUCUUUUACUUCAUAACCUAUUGCAAUAGAUUACGCUAAGUGACCGAUCACAUAGAAUGCUAUUUAGCAUUCUGAAAUGUAUUUUCAAUUAAAGAGGAUUGAUUAAGGCUGUAACAUGUGUUAUCUAAGAUAUUUACGACAGGCGAAGAUGCUGGCUUUAGAAUGCGCUUCUUUUUGUCCGCCCGUAAAAACUAUGCUCAACAGGAAAUGCUGCUAAAAUAAUGUGUAUUUCUUUUGAUUUUAGUGCUCUUAUAUCCUCAAAUAUACUUUUCAGAAACCAAACACAAAAGAUACUUUCCCGCAAUUGUUUGGUAGAAUAUCACGCCUUCUCCGUUUUUCACGUUGGGCUGAUCAAUCUUUAUUGCAGCGAAGUUUUUUGAUUCUCGAAUACUUUUGGAUCUUAUCUGGUAUUGUAUUUGCGUUUACAGUUUACAGUCUACAAACUUUGUUCUCAGCAUGCUCGGAACAUCAAACGCAACUAUGUGUCAUUAAGGUUUCAUAUAUGGCUUCUAAAAUUCCGCAAUAAUUGAGGACUACAUUGUACACUUUAUAACGUCCAAUUGUAAAUGGAUUGAUACGAUACCAUUUGCGUAAACAUUGCACAGCUUUAAAAAUUCUUAUAAUUAGAAACUUUUAUAAACCAAAGCAUGCAUCAUGUUUGAGUGUAGAGUACAAAGAAGACAAGAGCUUCUAUCCAAAGCGUAUGGGAGAGAGUACUUUGUGUUUGUUUUCCGUAAAAUAUAUCCAAAUAUACAAGGGCGUCGAAGAUCAAUAAAAAACGCACAACAACUAAGCAGCCAUUCUUGUCAAGUGUGCUUUCUGCAGUCGCAAUAAUAUACACAUAUACAUAACAUCUUGAAUGUAGUAAUUAUCCUUAAUCAAAAACGCUUUUCAAAAUUUCGAUUAACCUUUUAUGUGAUUGGUCACUGAUUUUAUUUUCAGGCUUUUGAAGAAUUGUCCUGUCUAACCGCAAUUCAAAUAUUACUAAAUGUGUUUCAUGUGAGAGAUUGCUUAAGGUGUCGUUUCUGUUUGAUAUGCACGAUAGAACCAACGUUGAUUGUAUUUCUAAAAUAAGCUUCUUUGUAAAUGUAUAUUUUAAAUUACUAUAAAAAAUUACAGCAAAACCACAGAAAAUACCCCCAGGCAGUAAGUAGAGCAUAUCGGAUAGUGAUCGGGACGCGCUGAGCUUCCGUAGACCAAAAUGAGUCCCGUCCGUUAACAUCACGGCACUUGUCCUUAAGCUUUAAUGAUAGCGCUGUCUAUCCAAAAUGAAUUGAAAGGCUAGAUUUUGUCUCACCAAUGCAAAUUCAGAAGUUAAUAUUUUAUCGAGGUCUCAUAGGAGUGAUCUGCACAUAGCUGGCCUGGUUCAGGAUGGAAUGAGGCAUUUCAUUUUAACUGAACUGCGAUCGAAGGCAUUAUAGGGACCCGGGCCUCAGAUCUUGCCUGCUUGAGACAUGGCUGGCGGUCAAACCAGAGUUGUUCAUGGUAGUCUUCUCUGUCGUGUUGACUAUAUUUCCAUAUUAACGAUUUUUGACCUUCAUGCGACUAACGGCGAACGCUGUAAGCCGGUUAAAUGUAGGACAAAUUGAUCAUCAAACAGCCGGUCUCAAUUUUCGGGUCAUAAUAGCCUGCCGUUUAGUUAGUUGACGACGCUGACAUUCCAGAAAUGAGCAAUAGUGUCUCACACAUCACCUCGAUGACAUUUAGCCACGUUUUCACACUGCCGCGGAACAUCUUUCAGCUUGACCAUUUUAAGCAGCGAGAACGGAAGUGCUUAAACAGCCAGACACACUAUUUUUGACAUGGUUUUUAGUUGCCUCUGAGAUUGAUUUUCCGCGACUGACUCUUAUACCAGCCCACGCGAGGGACCGGUGUCGAAAAUUCGACCGUCGAUUCCAACGAUGUCAACGGUGUGCAGAGACGGUGACUUACUCGUGGAUUAGUUUGUGGCGGGGGUAGGCUUGCGCAGCAUCUACUACACUCUCCCCUCCCUCCCCACCUGCACCCGAUGUAAUGACCAAGUCAGGAACACUGGGGUUGAGGGAGGCCGGAGGUAGCUGGCACGGUGAAAACCCGCCUCUAGACUACCACCACGUCCCCUAGUCCCCUGCAAGCACUUAACUAGGAUUUUAUACAUCAAAAAUAGGACGCGGCAGGGAUUCCAAAUGGCGCGACGUGAGUUUGCACCUAGGCCUGCCACCGCACCCCGAAUAACGCCUGCCGGACUCCGAUUUGGUCCCGAAAUAAUCCAGCGCAUCUACCGCCUGGCACUGGGACCAGUAUACAUAAUAAAACUGCUAAUGCAGUGAUUGCGUAUUAAGGCUGGUUCUCAUUGGCAUCACGUCAUAUUUUAAAAAACAGGGUUUAUGAUGCUCUGUCUCUUCCAAUGGAAAUAGUUCCGUCAUAAAGACAAACUAGUGCUGGAGGGAGGAAGCAAAUACAGACUCAAAUGUUACAUACAACGACAAUGACACCAGAAUAGGCGUUAGCAACACCACAACUCCGGGUGCUGGCGCGUCCGAAGUUCAGAUCAGAGUAAGUUGAUCGUCGAGCGAGACUCCUAGCCUAGCCCCACGGCCUUAUUUCAACUGAGGUUAAGAAUAUUCAGUUACAUAGACGUAAUCCCACAGUCUACAUACUGACUACAGGAUGGAAUAUGGACGAUUUUACGGUGCAAAUUGCUCCUAUAGGCGUAGGGAAAGGACAAACUGGCUCCCAUAUCAAUACCGCACAAUCUGUCUCGUUUUUCUUUGUUUUCAUUUGUUUGCUCCCCGCCCAUAUACUCCCACGUCUUACUAGUCUAUUGAUUUCGUUUCAUCUGGCUGCCUUAGCUUAUCACGAGGAACUGCUUGAGGGUUAAAUAAAGGCUUGAUUUUAAGGCCAUUUUUACAUGGAGGCUUUUAUUUUCCCUAGUCUGAAAUAGUAUUCUUUCAACUUGUAUACAGAUCCCCCGCCAUGGAUUGAUUGGCCGGUCUAGUCGACACAAGUGGGGCUCUGAAAUCAGCAUUCUCGCCUCUGUGCGGCACCCUGGCAUUGUGCGCCUACAUGGUAUCCUGGAGACCCCCCAGCAUUACCUGAUGAUCACCGAAAUUUGUGAGGGAGGCUCCCUGUCAAGUCACCUGAACUCUCUCACCGAAUCUGAUCUGGGUUUUAAGGAAUACACGGUGCAGGAAAUUGUGCGUCAACUCACUUCUGCUCUGGUUUACCUCCACAAUCGGUCCAUCGUCCAUCGUGAUGUCAAACCGGACAACGUUCUGCUUGUACACAAUGCAACCCUCGAGAGGUUAACCCGACCGCCCACCAAGCAGGACAGUUGCGCUUUCGUUCCGACACCAACCAAACUACCGCACUCACACAAGACAGCUCGUCCAAGUCGGAGACAACACAGACAGGCGCCUGCAAAGUCUCGUCUACCAAAGAUGUACUCCAAGAGCUGUGACACCACCGACCUCUCUACCGAGUGCGAGGACUCGCCCAACGGCGGCGGCGAUGUCUCCAAUCUUAAGAUUAAACUCGUAGAUUUCGGCAUGGCAGUGGAGCUGGAGGGAACGAAGGAGCCUCUUGUCGGUCUCUGUGGCACCCCGCUCUACAUGGCCCCGGAGGUGUUGUCAGGCAGGAGCUACACUCGACAAUGCGAUGUCUGGAGUCUGGGCAUCAUCGCCUACCAACUCCUCUGCAAAGAUUUUCCCUACUGCCUGCAGAUGGAGAGGAAGCCCCUGCAGGAGGUUGAUCGGCGGACGCCGAAACUUGUGAGUCGCGCGAUGGCAGACCAUGUGGGAUUUUGUGCACGCCACUGGCUCCUGUGCGUGCUGCAGCCAGAUCCCGUGCAGCGGUUCUCAGCCGCGGAGCUCCUGCGACAUGAUUGGCUGCUGUCAGCCGCGGAGGCGGGCGAUGAUCUGGGCAGCAGCUCACUAGCCUCCUUCCGUGGCUGCCUACAGUCCUGCUGUGUUUCUUCAGACAACACCAGUCGUGGUUAUGGCCUGCCGAUAGUCUCGUCAAACAUUUUUUCUUUCAUGAGGGCGUACAAAAAUGAACAUCACGGGGCUCUGUAG